AAUGUAUAAUUAUCGCGGAGUUAGACCAUCUACUGCAAAAAUGAAUACAUUACCUCCAGAGACAGAAAAUCUUGAAGAGUAUAUGUACAUUAUUUGAAAUUAUGGAUAGGAAAAUACUUUUUGAUCAUUAAAAAGCUUGUGAGAGAGCAGGUAAAUAUUUGGAAGCAGAUUGUGCAAAAUAAAGAUUGAAAGAACUAAAAAUUAAAUACGAAUCUAAAACUAAAUUAGAUAUAAGAGACAGACAUGAAUAAGAAGUGAAUUUAUAAUUCAUAUAUUUUAGAAAUAUGAACUAACUAAAUCACAUUAAGAAGAAAUGUAAAAUUUUAAUGCUUUUUGGGAUGAAAAAAUAUAAGAAUUUGAAUAAGAUGCUUAAAAACUUAAAAAUGAAUUAUAACAAAAAUAAGAAGAUGAAAUGCAGUAAUUCCUAUAAGAUUUAGAAGGUUCUAUUCCAUAAACUCCAAAAGAUUCUGCAGAAUUAUUGAGUCUUAAAAAGACUGAAGAAUAAUUAGCAAGAUAAGAAGAGUAACAUAUUUAUAUUUACCUUAGAUAUUUGGAAGCACAUAAAAUAUAAUCUAGAAUAGCAUAGCUUUAGAAAGAAGAAUAAGAGAAGUGGACUUUAAUGAGGAACAAUAAAAUUAAGAAUCUCCUUUCUUAAUAAAAGAUAAAAUAAAAUAAUGAAACUAAUGUAUUAAAUUAAAGAAUUGAAAAUGCAUAAGAUGAAUAAAGAAAAAUUAAAAAAGGAGAAGAAGAAAAGUAGAUUUUUUGUUAAUAAUAGAUUAAUUUAAAAAUACAAUAAUGUAAAAAAAGAAUUAGAAGGAAAAUAACUUUAAGAAUUAUAAAGAAUUGACAAAGAUUUUAAGAAUACAACUUCUAUUUUUGUAACAUCAAAAAUGUCCAAAAUGGCUUCUCAAUAAGGUUCCUAAAUGCAAAGUGAAGAUUGUAAACUAAUAAUUAUAUAUUCUAGAAUAAUUUAAAGGGAAAAAUUGA